AUAGUUUCUGUUAUGUUAAGUACAUAUGACAUUAGCAUGACAAAUACAGUGGAUGGAAUUGAGGAUAAUGUUAAGCCAGUCCCAAACAACAACAAUAGCGAAGUACUGUAUUUUCGGAUUAAAUAACAACAGCAGUGAAUCGAAAAUAACAUUGUAUAAGAAGUUUCCUACUGAUAUCAAAUCGAGGAAGCGGUGGGAAUCAGCCCUGCGAAGAGAGGCGUUCAUGGCCAGUCCGUCAACCAGACUCUGUAGUCAGCACUUCAGAAAGGAGGACUUCGACAGGACGGGUCAAACUGUUCGAAUCAGGGAUGGAGUUAUUCCAUCUGUCUUCAACUUUCCAACACAUCUACAAAGACCAGUAGCAACCAGAAGAAGCUUGACAUCCAAAAAGGCAAACACAGCAACAUCUCCAAGCCCGUCAGCUUAUUGUUCUCCUCCUGUGGCAGUGGCAGAACCUCAAAAUGACCUCAGUCUUGACCACUCUUAUGCACUGCCCACAUGUCCUGCUGCUAUGAAAGCUAGACUCAGCACAGCUUUGGCCAAGGUAGAAAGUUUGGAAAGAGAGAAAAGAAAUGCCAAAGAUCGAGAACGGAGGGCAAAGAGCGCACUUUGUGGUCUUCUGGAGGAUCUGAGAGGAAACGACCUAAUAGAUAAAGAGCUCAAAAAGAAAGCUGGACUCAUACUCAGUUCACCUCCUGCCAAAACAGGACCAAGAAUUCAGCAAGAAGGAGAGGGAGUUUGCACCCCCUCCACCGACACGCCCCUAAAGACUACUGUUACUCGCGAGAGUCUCUGCACUUAAAUCUCCCGCAUCAACAUACACUGCAAAGGUACUUGUCAUUGGGGGCCUAAUCAACAUAAUACUGGAGCAGCUUCAAAAUAUGUGAUUCAUCGCUUCGGCCAGGAUCGAUUCAACUGUUUCAGGGCAAUUGGACAAGAUGUUAAAAUCCAGAGUGCCACCUCCUACCCCCCGUGUUGAAGACUUAAAGACACUUGACUUAUUAUCUAUGUUGCUGCAGGCAAUUAAUUGAUUUUAAGAUUUUAAAAAUGUUGCUGAUAUUUUAUUGCAAAGGCUCCUCUACACCAUGUUUGUCAUCCUCAUUCAUGCUGAAUGUUGUUAUUUUGCUUUUGGCACAACCUGCUCUGAGUGACAAAAAGUAACACCAGCAGUACAGAUGCCUACACACACCUAUCGGGAGACGCUAGUGCGCUACAUUAGCUUAAAAAUGGCAGCAGGACAAAGCAGCAAACUGUUCUCACCCAAAAAAAGCUGAAGUCAGCAGUGUGGAAAAACCUAGGGUACUUAAAAAAAUGACCAGGGAGUCAUUGAAGAUGAUGGCUCACCCAUUUGUAAAACCUCCCAAAAGAGAAAGUUGUGGCUAAAGGGUCGAAUACAUCCAAUAUAGAGCAGCUUUACACGCCAAAGUAAAGGUAAGACAUAUUAACUGAGUUCAAUUAUGUUAGUUGCAAGUUAUUUUAAUGAAGAAUUGAGUUCAAUAUAAAGGAGGUAUCACUUACAAUCAGCAGCUGACCUUUGAGUCAGUUGGGCAUAAACAAACAGCGACAAGUACUCCUGUCAACAACGUCAUUCAAUGACAAUUUAAUGUUAGAGAUUGCUUCUUCCUGCUUGUGUCAAAUGAACUGUAAGCAUCCAUCCAUCCAUUUCCUACCACUUGUAAGUUAAUAUGGCUAGUGUAAAAGACUAACAUAAUCUUGUACAACAGCACUACACCAUGGGAUCUAAUUAUGUGCGUUACUCUUAUUGUUGACACAGCAUCAAAUAGAUGAUUAAAAACGAGUAAAAUAGGCAUUGAUAACAGUUGAUAACAAUAACACGUGAGUUUUACCCACAUGAGUAACAUUUUCCCCUGAGGGUUUAAUAUAGGUAAUCUUAGUCUUAUAUUAUUACAGUUAUUAUUUUUUAAAUUUCACUGUAUUAAUAAUACUUUUUAUUUUGUACUGUUAUGUUAAUUGAUUAUUGUUUGUUUCCGAAAGUAAUAAAAAGCUAAAUAUACAAGCUUAUUUUAUAAAUUAUUUUGUUGUGAAUUUAAUCAAACAUAAUAUUACACAAGACUAUAAUUGUUCAGUGAAAAUCUAUAAUUGUGGCAUCCCUAUUUGGUUGUUCAAUUAAGGGGCCUGGAAUAAUAACUCAUCGGCAGGCCAAUACCGCCUCCUCAUGGUCCACUGUGGUGUCUCCUAACGUGGCGGCAGUGGAUGGCACUGUCCAUGUCUGCUGUUACGUUUUCUUCAGCUCCAGCCAGUUCACCAGCUUCCAAAAGAACCGGAAGACCUCCCCCUCAAAGGUUAAAUCGUCGGUCAGAACGAGGGCGAAACCUGUGUCCUCGCAACCGGUUUUCCAUGCAGACAGGACAGAUAGCAUCACAUUGCAAAAAUGAUAUUGUAACACUAAAAUGACAAUUUACAUAUUCAAGGUAAAGGCUGUGUAAUUCGUCCUUUUCCAAGGUUUGAUUGUAUUUAUUUAUUUAUUUUUAAGAUAUAAUCACAUAAUCUGUUUGAUGGGCAGCUUUUAUACAUCUGUAAAUAUUAAAUUGUGUAAAUAUGUUGAAAGAAAAUAAAAAAUGUUAUUCCUUGUGCACUGAUGUACUUGUUCAUUGUAUCAAAUGUAACUUAUUUAAGAAGUUGUUCUAUGUUUUUGUAAUGACUUAUAAAUAACUAAAGGAAA